CCCCCGGGACGUUGACCCGAGUCUCCUUGCAUUGCAGCAUAGAUUAUACUACUGUCUUGGCCGGCCUCAAUGGCAGGUAGCGCGCGGAGUACCUAACCUACCGGCUGGUCAGCUGGAGCACAUUCCGCCGCUGCAUAUAACGAAUACAGCUUCGUGCUGCGUGUGUGCGUGUGGGUGUCCCUGGCUAUCUGGUUCUUGCCUCUCUGUCACCCUCGUUCUAGCGGCGGCGCUGCAGUAGAGAUGGGAGCGUGUGCGACGAAGCCUGCUGACCUCAAGGUCAAAGGUGAGGCGCCGGUGGUUCUGGAGGACGCCGCGGAGAAGAAGGCUGCCGGUGUGGCUGAAGCUGAACCGGCCGCCGGUGUGGCUGAAGCUGAACCGGUCGCCGAUGGGGAUCGCCGGAGGUCUCUCAGCGACCUGCUCAAGGAGAACGACGAGAGUGACGUCGAGGCUCCGGAGGCAGAGAGGAAGGCUGAAGAACCAGCAGAAGCUACCGCUGAUGAAAAUGGAGCGACAGAGGAGCAGCUAGCAGUUCAGCCCUCCAUGGCGGCGACCACGGCCGAAAUCCUCGAGCCAGAGGCUGUACAGGAUCCCCAGACACAUGCACAGGUGGUGGAAGAAGAGAAGCGUGUGGAUCCUGAUUCAGUUCAGGUAGCUGUUGUUGUUUCUGCUCAAAGUGUUGAAGACAGCAAGGUCGUCGCCGAUGCGUGUGCUCAAAGUGUUGAAGAGAGCAAGGUCGUCGCCGAUGCGUCUGCCUGAAUUAUUAUUUAUUUGUUUUGAGAAAAUGUACGUACCCCUCAGAUUGAUAAUGGUGUUUUCUUGUUCGUUUGCGUGCUGAAUAUGCUCAGAUUGUUUUCCUUUUUGUUUUCCUGUGUAUGCAUUGCGUGCCCAGUGGUGUAAUAGCUAGAUAUUAUUUUCAUUUGUCUCUUUAUGCAACCUCAUCACUACUA